AUGAAUGAAGCUUCGGAACCUCCAACGAGUGAUACCGACAUCCAUAAGCAAGACAGUAAAAUACAGAACGAAGAGACAAGAGAAGAAAAAGUUGAAGCCAUCGCCCCGUCAAAACAGCAAUCAUCCGUCCACUUUUUCCCAAAGAUAAUGGAUUCGAACAUCACGCUCAUCCCGCUCUCAAGCUCAUUUUCCCAAGAAGGGCCGAUCAACUACUCCAGCGCUCAGAACAGCGGCUUCACCUCAUCAUCCGGAGGAGGAGGAGGACCGCUGACUCCUAAAUCCACCGUCCUGAGCUGCUCCCACAAAGACAGCAGCCUGGGAAAGCAGAGCACAAGCUUCAUGAUUCCAAGGAAACAGCCCCUACCGUGCUCUGAGGUGGAUACGUAUGUUUUGGGGGAUGGCGAGGAUUACUUCCUUUCUCUGUUUGGAGAAUCGAAGAAGCUUACAUCACAUACAUCCCAAGCCGAGGACGUGAGCAAACACCUCUCUGUGAUCCUUGAGGAAGUCGGCCAGUUUACAUCCAGUUCUCUCGGAGACAUUAAAGUAGCCGAGGUAAACGUCAAGGGCUUCUUUGUGAGGCUUGUUAACUCCUCCAAUGAGAAGGAAGUGGCGAUUGGAAACCACAUCCUCCAACAAAACGUGAACGGACACGCCGUCUCCUUGUACCGGUUCCCCAGCAACAUCACACUGCAGGCCAGCUCCACGGUGACAGUGUGGGCAGCAGCAUCAGAAGCAAAGCCACAGCCACCAACGGACUUUGUUUGGGAGGAACAGAGCAGGUUCCGGUCCAGUCCGGACUGCACGACCAUCUUGUGCAACCCCAGUGGUGAGGCCAUUGCCUGGUACACUCCUAUCCACUGGAAGCAAGCCUGGGAGAAGCUAGAGACUGACAUUGAAUUUGAAAGGUGCUCAGUGGUGAUUCCGUCGAUGAGAAGCCACAUGUUUGGGUGGACAACAGUAUCUUCACCUCCCAUAAGUAAGGAAAAACAAGAACCAGCACAGAAAACGCCCUCCCAAGUCUGCCCUGUUCUCGUGAGAGAAAAGGAAAUCCCGCCAACCGUUUUACCCAAUAAGAGUCCUUGGUGCCGAAACCCCAACACCUCUCCACAUCCGUACAGUUCUCUGAUUGACUCAUGUGACUCAGACAUUUCUGAAAGCAGUUCAGGUACACAGCUCAAGCCUCAGUCAACCAAACCCAAACCAGACCCAGGGACCAAGAAAAAGAAAUCAAAGUCAUCAGAAAAUGGGAAACCAUGA